GGGAGGGAGGGAUGGACGGAGCAGGGAGCAGCAUGGCUGACAGCGAUACCUGGAGGCCCCCACGAGCCUGCAAUGACUACUGGUCUGAAUGGAAACAUUGCAAGAGCAUCCCAAAUUUGUUCCAUUACUACUAUACCUAUGGAGAGGCGCCUUCCUGUAAGCAGUGGAAGAGAGAUUAUGAGAACUGCAAAGCAUGGGAGAAGACGAAAAGUUCAGAGGCUAAGGACUCCCUAUGCAAGAGCGAAAGAGAGCGGGUGAUGGAGAAACAGAAGUAUGCUCCGGUGUGGAACUUGAGGAAAGGUCCUCCCGUAAGCUGGUAUCUGCCUCUGGAUCAAGACAAACCCAAAUGAUGAGGCCCUGGAAUACCAGGUGUUGGACUUCUGGGCGAUGCCUUCUAUGGAAUCCUAACACUGUGCUGUAUAGAGGAGUUCUCAGCCAUAAACCCAUGCUCUCAGCAACCAUAUACUUCA